AUGACUCAUAUUGAUUACGAAGCUUAUGCAAGAGAUUUAAAUAUAUGGUACAAUAACGUGGAGUUUUAUGAUGUCCGAACUGCAGCAGAUCUUUGCAAGAUCUUUGAUUGCUGUAAAUUUUCAACAAAUCAGUUUAUUCAAAUAUUUACUAUUAUUAAUAAAAAGUUUAAUAGUUCUGAGGUGAUAGCUAUUUCACAGCAUGCAAGGAUACAAACAUUCGAAAAUGGAGAAAAAGCAUUUGAUGCUUUAAAUUUUAUUUCAAAACUCUUAAACAACAAAGCCAUAAGUGAUGCAACAACUUACAUCAAGGAUCACACGGCCCAAACUGGCAAAAAUAUUAAAUAUUUAAUGAAAUGUUCUUUAUAUCGUGAUGACUUUUUUCAAAUUUUCAAAAUUUUAUCAAAAGCAUGCAAAGAUGGAGAUACAUAUACAUUAAAAUAUGCAGUUACAGAAGGAUACAUUAAUAUAUACACAUAUUAUUCGGAAAAAAGUAAUCUUUUUUAUUUAAAUUCUGAACCUGAAGAAGCAAGACCAUAUUCACUUUUUGAAUACAUUUUGAGUAAAAAUAACAUGGAACUAUUCAGACAACUUAGUAUAUUCUCAAAUAUCUGUACAAGCAAUAGUCUUGAAUCAAUUAAAUGCUUAUAUACUCAGCUUAACGAAGAUGUCAAUUCUCGCGAUGGAUUCCAGAAAACACUUCUUCAUUAUGCAGCAUUAAAUGAAGAUGUCGAAGUUACAAAAUAUUUUGUAUCUUUUCAAAGUAUAGAUAUAAAUGCUAAAGAUGAUUGCCAAGCAACUCCAAUGCAUUAUGCAGCAUUUAAUAGAAAUGUAGAAGUCAUCAAAUAUUUAUGUUCUCUUCCAGGAAUUGAUAUCAAAGUCAAAGAUGCAAAGGAGAAAACACCUCUUCAUUAUGCAGUUCUUGUUAAAAACAGUGAAGUAGUUAAAUAUCUUUGUUCUCUUCCAAAUAUUGAUAUCAAUGCAAUUGACAGCAAUAAAAAGUCAGCUCUACAUUAUGCAGCCGAAAAUGAUAGCAUUGAAAUUAUUCGAUACAUUAGUGAGCACAUGAAAUAA